GAUGCACUUAAAAACCUGAAAGGGGACGAGUCCAUCAUGGUCCUCCCAGCGGACAAAGGGCGCGCUAGCGUUGUCAUGGAUACCGACACCUACCGAGCCAAGAUGUUUACGCUUAUUGAGAACGCACUCUACCAGCUCCUCAACAAAGAUCCGACAGACCGUCUGAUCCGCAAGUUGUCCGAAAAGCUGCUCACCUUGAAGCGAAGCGGAUAUCUAUCAGAGGUUGUUUACAACAAGAUCCGACCCCGACACAAACAGCCGCCUAGAAUCUACGGUUUACCAAAGAUCCAUAAGGCCGAUGUACCGCUAAGACCUAUCGUGUCGUGCGUAAAUACCUUUGCAUAUGAUUUAUCCGCUUACUUAGCCAACAUCCUGUCUCCUUUAACAGAAAAGUCAGAGUACACGGUGACCAAUUCAGUCCACUUCGUAUCCACCGUCAGCAAUGAGAAGAUCUUAAACAACGAGAUCAUAGCAUCACGGCAAAACUGA